AUGCCUAAAGGUCCCAGUACACCCCCAGGGCGAGUCUCCAAGACCUCUAUGAAACCAAAAUCAUUUACCGCGUCAAAUAUUGUCGCCUUGAAAAGAGAAAUUAGCACAUCUACUCCUCAACCGUUGCAAGAAGUGAACAACCCCCCUCCGGUUCGCUCACUCGUAAAGGCACUUGCAACGCACUUGAUGGCUUCCAAGAAAACGCGUUGCGCGAGCCAACUUCAUAAACGCGAUGGCAACACCACCAUUCUUAAGCAGUCUUGGACUUCUCAAUUUGUCAAACGCCUCCCGGAUGACUUGAAGCCGUCUAAACGCCUCCAAGCUAAGAAAAGGCGUCUUGAUUCAUCUGAUUUGGAGACUGUUCAGCAUUGGUUCGACCAUUUAAAGCCUUUGAUCGCGGACAUCCCCCCAGCAAACAUCUAUAAUUUUGAUGAGACCAACUUCCAGAUCGGCCUAACAACGAGACCGAGGCUGUACAUUGGUAGACGUGGCGAUCCCUACCCUUCCAUCAGAGAGUGGUGUGAAUGGAUUACCUCGAUUGAAUGCAUUGCUUCCGACGGACGGGAUGCAGGCUCAUACCUUGUCAUUCAAGAGUCCGCAAUAAUCGACGAGGAACUCGAUUACCAGUACGUGAUUGAUGAUAUUCCUGAUUUUACGGAGCUCCACGAAACACCGAACGGUCGACUUACUGAGGAGCUUGCAUUGGGCUGGCUUGAACGUUUUCACAAAAGGACCAAAGAUCGCGUCGCCGACAGUGAAUCACGUCUCCUCCUCUUCAAGGGCCAACCCUUUUUCUUGACAUUCAAUUUCCUCCGAUUCUGUGAGGCGCACCGGAUCAUUCCAUUCUGCUUUCCGCUCAACAUUGCGCAUCACAUGCAACCAUUUGAUCUGGAACAUUUUUCGAUUUACAAGAAGUAUGGACCGGACUGCUUCAUACCUCCCGAAGAUCCUGAUGAAGAGAAGAUGUGGUGGCUCACUACUUUUGGUUCCGCGUGUGAAGUGACCUUGACGCCCGAUAUUAUCAAGCGUGCAUUUGCCGACCGGGGCAUCUAUCCAUUCGAUCCGUCGAAAUUGACGCAACCGCUAGAGGAAGAAAAGAACCAGAAGCUUGCAGUUGAGGAAGACAGCGAAUGA